AUGCUUCUCCGAUUGCUCGCCGUACUCGCGAUUGCGGUUGCUGCUAUCUCUGCUGGGCCAACUAGAUCCUCCAAACUAGUCUUCCUCAAUGAAGAGAACUGGCAGAAUAUUAUGAAGGGAGAGUGGAUGAUUGAAUUCCACGCUCCAUGGUGCCCUGCUUGCAAAGAUCUUCAGAAGGCAUGGAACGCAUUCGCCGACUGGUCUGAUGAUCUUGGAAUCAAGGUUGGAGAGGUUGAUGUCACUGUCAAUCCAGGUCUUUCCGGAAGAUUCCUCGUCACUGCUCUUCCAACAAUCUAUCACGUCAAGGAUGGAGUCUUCCGUCAAUACUCCGGAAGCCGUGACAAAUCUGACUUCAUCUCAUUUGUUGAGGACAAGAAGUACCGCGUAAUUGACCCAGUUCCAGAUUACAAGCAUCCAAACUCCAAGCAAAUGGGAGUCGUCGCUGUCUUCUUCAAGCUCUCGAUGGCCGUUCGUGACCUUCAUAACCAUCUUGUUGAGGAUAAGGGAAUCCCAUCGUGGGCCAGUUAUGGACUUUUCGCCGGAGUUACUCUUGCUCUUGGAUGUGUCCUCGGAUUCUUCAUUGUUAUCAUCAUCGACCAAGUUUUCCCAACUGGACCAAGAAAGACUCAAGCUGCGAAGAAAACCGAGAAGAAGGAUUCCAAGAAAGACUCUGGAACUGAAUCUCCAACCAAAAAGAAUGGAAAUAACAACAACGCUAAGGAAGCCAAGAAGACCAAGUAA